GACAUGGCGCCCUCCACAAGUCUAGCGGUUUCCUCGGCGAUACUGGUGGUACUGCUUUUAGGGGCUCCUUGGACCCAGGGGCGGCGGAGUGACGUGCGCAUCAUCACGGACGAGAACUGGAAAGAGUUACUGGAAGGAGAGUGGAUGAUAGAAUUUUAUGCUCCAUGGUGUCCUGCUUGUCAGAAUCUUCAACCAGAAUGGGAAAGCUUUGCCGAAUGGGGAGAAGAUCUUGAGGUUAAUGUUGCAAAAGUAGAUGUCACAGAGCAGCCAGGACUGAGUGGACGAUUUAUAAUAACUGCCCUUCCUACUAUUUAUCAUUGCAAAGAUGGUGAAUUUAGGCGUUAUCAGGGCCCAAGGACAAAGAAGGACUUCAUCAACUUCAUAAGUGACAAAGAGUGGAAGAGCAUUGAACCCGUUUCAUCAUGGUUUGGUCCAGGCUCCGUUCUGAUGAGUAGUAUGUCAGCACUCUUUCAGCUAUCUAUGUGGAUCAGGACUUGUCAUAACUAUUUGGUUGAAGACCUUGGACUCCCUGUGUGGGGAUCAUACACUGUUUUUGCUUUAGCAACGUUGCUUUCAGGACUGUUGCUAGGACUUUGUAUGAUAUUUGUGGCAGAUUGCCUUUGUCCUUCAAAAAGGCGCAGGCCACCACAACCAUACCCAUCAAAAAAAUUAUUACCAGAAUCUUCUCAACUUUUGAAAAAAGUGGAGGAAGAACAAGAAACUGACGAAGAUGUUUCAGAAGAAGAAGUUGAAAGUACAGAAGGAACAAACAAAGAUUUAGCAGAGAAUGCCAUAAGACAAAGAUCUGUGGGCCAAUCACUGGCCACAGAUAAAUCGUAGUUAUUUUUACAUAUGUCUUAAUAUUAAUGAUUUUGGCAAAAACAGAAGAUUAAUAAUUUCUUUUUGUUCAGAGUGAACUGUGACUGUACACUGCAGGGUUCCAUCUAGAUUGUCAUUAGAUUGAACAGUCUACCUUCAGAAAAUAAA